AUGACCGCAGCCACAGUUUCGCCGAUUAUGGGUGUGGAGACUCCUACGACAGCGACGACGAAUUUAUCGAUGAGCGAAUUGUACAAAGUUGCAAAUGCAAAAACAAAAGUCGAUGACUAUUUCGCUAAACGAAACGAGCUACUCGAGGAGCUUAGCGAGCUCGAAAACACUGAAAAAUUCAUCAAAGAGACAGCAAAAACCAUUGAUGAGUUGAAUAAGGAGAAGGAAGAACACUCGGAAAUUAUUCAGUUGAUCAAUCAGGACAAGAGUGAUUUGGAGCGAGAGAUCGCCGAAGCAGAAUCAGAGAAAAAGGAGCGAGAGGGGAAAAUUGUGAAGAAAUACGAACUGUUAAUGAGAUUAAUGGAGGCGACGAAUGAAAAGUUGAAGGAGACUGGAUGCGAUAUCGCUUUGAGUACUGACGACUUACCACAGACUCAUCUCAAAAUCGAACCUCCUACAUCGCCAGUCACUCCAGUCAUAUCUACGGGCGGUCUUCCAUCCCCGUUCCCCAAUUUCAACUUCAAGCAACUCUUCCAACCAAUGUUCCUCGAACAACUCGGCGGAUUCGGGCAGAAUCCACCACCGGCACAAUUCAGACCUCCACCACAUAUGGCUGCAGCUAUGCAGCAUCAACAAAUGAGGUCAACCGAUCAUCAAUCACCGCCAAUGAAGACUUGCCAAUCAUGCUUCCAACAAAUCCACCGUAAUGCUCCAAUUUGUCCCAUGUGUAAGAGCAAGAGCCGAAGCAAGAACCCAAAGAAGCCAAAGAGAAAGGACGCCUAA